GUUGCAUCAGCGCUCACGCGCUCCGAUACAAUCUUCUCCUGCCAUCUACUGUCAGUAAAUGGCAUCAUUUAUUUAGUUUCAAAUUAUUUGAGACAAAAAGACAGCACAGCAAAUCCAAAUGCAUCACAGAAAAUAUCCACAACAAGAUGAAAACAUGAGGAACAGAAAGCAGCCUUUACAGAAUCAUCAUCAUCAUCAUCAUCAAUGUGUGAUCAGUGGUCCUGUUAGAAGGUGCGUCGCGCCCUGCGCUGCACUCCAAACCCCCGCACCGCUGCAAGGAACGCUACACUCCGGACCGAGCCAGGGUGUCACAGAAACCCAGAUGCAACUUGAUACUUGACAGCUCUCAGCGUGUGACCGAAUGACCUACAAGAAACCGUGAGGUGUACUCAUUUCAGUGUCAUUGUGUGCAGGCGACAAAGCCUCUGAGAUUUUCACCAAAGAUAAGCUGAACAGCAUCUAGCAGCUGCUCCAUCAUGGUGUAUGGACAGAUCCUUCAUCGGCACAGCCCUGAUGAUUGCUUUAUUAAUGUCAAUGUUGGUGGUUUCAAACAACAAAUGGAGCACGACGUUCUGAAACGAUUCCCACAGACACGUCUGGGUCGCCUUCUGUGUUGCAGCUCCAAAGAAGCAAUCCUGGAGCUCUGCGAUGACUUCAGCCCCUCUGAAAUGGAGUACUAUUUUGACCGCAAUCCACUUUUUUUCUGCUACGUUCUCAACUUUUACCUCACAGGCAAAAUCCACCUGGUGGACGGGCUGUGCGUAGUCUCAUUUUUUCAAGAGAUUGAGUAUUGGGGCAUCAAGGCGCGCCACCUGGACUUCUGCUGUUGCCACAGAUUCCAUGAACUGAUGGAGUUUGCUGAGGAUAAGCGCUGGGAUCAGAGGAGCGAUGAACUGCAGCUCCACAGCUCGGACUCGUCUGUUGAGGAGCUGUCAGCUUUGGAGGAGGACAUAGAAAUGUUCGAAGGCUCCUGGUGUGCAGAUGUCCGCAGGAAUAUUUGGAUUCGACUUGAGAAUCCAGGUUACUCCACUUCAGCCAAAGUGAUGGCUUUAGCGUCCCUAAGUAUGGUUAUUGUCUCUAUUGUUGCCAUGUGUGUCCACAGCAUGCCAGACUUCCAUCAGGUUGAUCUCAAUGAGAAGGAGAUUGAAAACCCAGUGCUUUCUUUCUUUGAGAGCCUCUGCGUUCUUUGCUUCUCUGUAGAGUUUAUUCUUCGUUUGGCUGUUGCACCAUCAGCCAGGAAGUUCUUGUGCAGCCCCCUCAAUAUUAUUGACUUAAUGUCAAUUAUGCCCUUCUAUGUCAUUAUAGCCUGUGAUAUAAUGGAUGAAGGUGAGAACACAGACCUUGAGAAUGUUGUCAAAGUGGUUCAGAUUUUGAGGUUGAUGCGAGUGUUUCGCAUCCUAAAAUUGGCUCGCCACUCGCCCGGCCUUCGCUCUCUUGGCGCCACACUGCGCCACAGCUCCCGUGAAGUAGGGCAGCUGGUGCUUUUCUUGUCUGUGGGCAUUUCCAUGUUUUCUGUUCUCAUUUACUUUGUAGAGAAAGAAUCUCAAGAGUCAGAGCUGCAGACUAUCCCCAUAGGCUGGUGGUGGGCCACCAUUAGCAUGACCACAGUGGGCUACGGGGACACCUUUCCCGUUACGCUUGCUGGGAAGCUGGUAGGAACCCUGUGCAUCAUCUGUGGGCUGCUGAUCGUGGCUCUGCCCAUUACGAACAUCUUCAAUAAAUUCUCCAAGUUCUAUCAGAGGCAAAGACACAUAGAUCUCAGACAAAGCAAUAACUGAACCCUCUCCAGCAAGUACAAGGGGUUUAAUUAAAGAGUACCAGGUUGCAAUGUCAAAACUUUUAACAGCAAAAAAUCCUUCAUCACUCACAACUCAUGAGAAGUUGUAAAAGAAGCUGUGACCAUGACACAUGAGCAGAGAAAAGGGUUAGCUGCAGAAUGUAUUGUAAUGAACUCCUUUUUUCAUGACUUUACUGACUUCAUUCAGUAUGGACAAGUCAACACAAGCAAUACCCCGUUUUCAAGCCCUUAAAUGCAUUACGAAAGUUUGACAGUAAAGGAUUGAGUCACAUUCAAUCUUGCAUUCAUAGCAAGUUUUUAAAAUUCCUCAUUUUUGCCCACUGAAAAGAUAUGACAAAGCAUUCUGGCCAUCUCCAUUCCUGCCAUGCUGUUGCGGUCCUCAUCUGCUAUUAAUCCAUGCGUAUUGAUCUCAUGUCUCUGCUGCAUUUUGAGUCAAAAGGCUUUUAAUUGCUUAAUCCAAUGAGAGGCUUCUUGCUGUUUGUUUGGUCAUCAGUGUAAUUAGUUCUUAAUCAAUGUGCCUGGCUCAACAACAGUUAAAAGUCAAUAAAAAAUCCUUACAAGGAGCUGAAUUCACAAUUCAUGUCACGAUGAGUAUCGAGAGUCUUUAAACGGAGAAGAA